CGCGCAGGCCGCGCCGCCAUGGCCGCGCUGCACGCCAAGGCCGGCGGGCCCCCGCAGAUCCCGGACACCCGCCGGGAGCUGGCCGAGCUGGUGAAACGCAAACAGGAGCUGGCGGAGACGCUGGCAAACCUGGAGCGGCAGAUCUACGCCUUCGAGGGCAGCUACCUGGAGGACACGCAGAUGUACGGGAACAUCAUCCGCGGCUGGGAUCGCUAUCUCACCAACCAGAAGAACUCCAACAGCAAAAACGAUCGGAGGAACCGCAAGUUCAAGGAGGCCGAGAGACUCUUCAGCAAGUCCUCGGUCACUUCAGCAGCGGCUGUCAGUGCGUUAGCUGGAGUCCAGGACCAGCUCAUUGAGAAGAGGGAGCCGGGCAGUGGCACAGAGAGUGACACUUCUCCAGACUUCCACAACCAGGAGAAUGAGCCCAGCCAGGAGGAUGCUGAAGAGCUGGAUGGCUCCGUGCAGGGUGUGAAGCCCCAGAAAGCUGCUUCCUCCACCUCCUCUGGGAGCCACCACAGCAGCCACAAAAAGAGAAAGAACAAAAACAGACACAGAUAUUUGGAAGAAGUUCAGGAAUAACACGAGAAACUACAUCCGUGAGCAAGUCCAGAGAAACAACCUGUAAAACUGAAGUACAGCUUAAGAAAACUGCCAUUUCAGACAAAUUAUAAAAUAUUCUCCCUGGACAAACCAUGGCCAGCAGCAUGGUGGGGUGCAGGGCAGGUGCUGGAACUGACACAAAUCCCUUGGCUCCGGUCCAUGACCCGGGCUUUGGGGACUUUGGGACACAGGCUGUGUGGCUCUGGGUUCCUUCACAUCCCCCCUCUGCAGCUUUGGCUGCUGCUGCCAGGCCAGGUUGGACGGAGGAGCCCUGCCCUGCUCACCUGGGGCAGCUUCUGUGUUCCCAGGCCCUGGCAGACACUCCGAGGGGCUCAGUGAGGCAGGAACUGACUGUUUGUAACGCUUAGCAGGGCCAGGUAGAUAAAAUUAAAAAAAAAAAAAAAAAAGAUAAUUAAAUUUGUCUGUAAUAAAAGCUCUGUUAAAAUUGUGAUUGCUGUUACUGACUAUCCCCUAAAUUUUGGCAGACAAGGCCAAACAAUUCUCCAGUAUAAUUAGGGUAAAAACACCCCAGCAACAUCCCAGUUGUGAUCCACAACCCCACAGGUGCUCCAGCCAGAUCUGUGGGUCUGUCCCCUGAGGGGUCUGGCAUGAAAAAGAGAAAAAUAAAAAGAAAUGUUGGCUUUUUUCUGUUUAUUCAGAAGCUCUUCCAUUUGCCAGCACGGCUCUGGGUUUCACUGCCCGUUCCUGGAGCUGCUGGGGAGGGGCCCUGCAGGAGCUCGGCCUCGCUGGGGCUCCCGUCUGGCUUCAGGUGCACACAGGGCCUCAGGUGUGGCUCCAGAGGCUGUGCUGCCCCUCUGCUCCCUGCCAGCAAGGCCAGGCUGGAUAUUUUCUGUGUGCUCAGCUCAUUUUCCGUGGCUAAUGGGUGUCUGGGGGAGCCCGGUGCCGUUUCCUCCUCGCAGCGCAGUCCUGGGGUGGGAUUCCGGGGUCGAUCCUCCCCGGGCCGUGCCAGCUGUGGGCAGAGCUGUGUCUGCAGGCUGUGCUGUGGCAUUUGUGUGAGGGGUGGGACAGUCACCGCGCUGCUCGGCUCUGGCCAAAGCUCCCUGGGCCACGGCUGCAGGGACAGCAGCGCUGGGGGCGCGUGGGGAGCAGCCCACUGCGGGGUUGGGCGCCGAGUUCUGCGUCCCCUCCGCCUGAACCGGCCUCGCCCUGCCCUGGCAGCCCAGCUCCCUAAGCCCACCCUGCUUCCUGACCCCUCACUUUGGUUUUCCAAGCCCUCGGGUUCCUCUCCUGCCCCUGAGCUCUGCCCCUGGCAGCUGCCCCUUUCAGCUCCUAAAAUCCCCUGUGUAAACCAAACCCACCCCUCUGCUAACGCCUCUUGUUCCCAGAAAUCCAGUGGGGAGGGGGACUCUGGAUUGCCAGAGUGCUUUUUGUGUCCAGAUAUCUGAAGAACUUGAUGGUGUUUGAACACUGGCUUUAUUAUUUACUUCGUUUUAAUUUUUUAGCAAUCUCGCUAGGGUGGCUAAUCAAUUAAUUGAUUUAAUUCAUUAGUAUAUUAAUUUCUAUUGCUUUCUUCCUUUCAAAUGCUGCC